AUGACAGAAAUGUCGUCGACGGUCUGCCAGUGCUGUGCAACUCAAAAGGCUCAUGGCAAUCACUUCGGAGUGGAUAGUUGUCGGGCGUGCGCUGCGUUCUUCCGGUGACUAACUAUUUCGGUAUGGUUUGAAACGAAUUGAAAUGUUCAGGAGGACAGUUCACUCGAGAUGGAGUCGAGAAGGCUGUCAACGGGGAAAGUGUAACAGGAAAACGUGAGCGACACUAACAGGUAUUGUGCUCUAUCAAACCGCUCUUCAGGGUGUUGUGCAAACCGUGCCGACUGCAAAGAUGUUUUGAAGUUGGAAUGGAAACGUCCAGUGAGCGUUAUCUUCCCCCUCCCUCUAACCGGUUCGAUUUUGCCAGAUUUCCAAUACAAUCGCGACGCAAUCACAUGCCUCGACUCGACAAUCACAUCCAUUCCCGACAGCAUAGAUCGGUUCAUUGGGAAACCGCUGUUCGUCAUGAUGAACACGAUGGAUGACACGAAGACAGUCGUCGACUUGCACCGCCUUUUCGGCGAAGCCAAGAAGAUUCUGCUCGCCGGCGCAGAGAGUCCGUUCUUCUGUGAUAACCAACUGAAAAGGUUGAGUCUGGGAAUGAGAAACGUUCAAUUCAACGUGAACGCACUGAAACUGAUGGAACGAGCGACGGAGAAGGAGAUCUCGGAAAACUGGGAGUUUUACUUUCUUUCCGUGGCCAAGUGGUUGACGCAUUUUGAUGAGUUCAACAAAUUGGAUACACAGAUGCAGGUCGGUUCUGAAAUGUUGUCGUUUCGUCCGUCCCAACAGCCUUAUAUUGAAGUUGCAACUGCUCCAAAGCGUCUGGCACAUUUGGGGGCGUCUCGAGAAGCUGGCGUCCACUGCCAAAUAUCGGAGAGCUCAAAAAGAUGCGAAACGAUCGGAGAUUGUGACGCAAGGAAACGUGAUUAUCGAUUUGAACGCGUUCAAGUUCAACUCCACGUGGUUCAGCAAUUAUCCGGGCGAACAAUUGAGAGGGUUUGUUCCGUCAGCUCCCACUUUUACUUAACUAUUCUUGAAUUCCAGUUUUGUGAUACAAACAACUAGCGCGGGUUUCGACGUGGCUGACGCGAUAGCCGAAAUGAAUCCGACCGAAAUCGAGUUCACCUACAUGCUCGCCCAACUAUGCUUUCAAUACGCCGGCAACAGAUUCGGAGGCGACGUCCAGAAAGUGACGGACGCGUUCCAAGAAGUGCUGGCCAACGAUUUACACACCUACUAUGUGCAUGACCUGAACAUGCCAAGAUAUCUGCAGCGUUUGGCCAAAAUGAUGAGUGUGAACAACUUGAUAAAUGUGAGUCGCUCUGCGUGCCCUCUCGACGAAAAUGCACGGAAUUUGCUUUAGGCGAACCAUCGAGAAAGCCGUGUUUGGAUGGAAAUUGCGCGAACGUUCAAAAUAAUGAAAAUCGAGUUCACACAUCCGGAAAUGUUUGAAGACACGAUGUUCCAGUGAGGAAAAAUGAUGAAAAUUGGUUUGAUGAUCUCUAAUUUUGUUGGAACAAUUGUAAGAUUGCACCCGCCUACAUUCUCUUUCAUACGUGUUGUUGCUGUGCUUACUACCUUUAUAUCUUUUCGGACCGACUCGACCAGAGUUGAUUGUUUGCUGAUAUUAUUGUGUUUUGAAGUGUUUAAAACUAAAUUGUUAUUAUCAAAACACGUUGUGUUUUCAUCUCUUUGAUUGUCUUCAACUGAUAAGCUCUACCAUAAAAGCUGCACUCCAAAACACACAUCUCGUCGUUCAAAAUGAAGUUGACUCUCUGUUGUUUGGCUUUAAUCGCCGGAGCAUGUGCUCAAUUCAGUGCCACCGCCCAAACUGCUAUUGUGAAAGCUCACAAUGAUUUGAGAUCUGCAAUUGCGCAAGGAAACUACGUGGCUGAUGGAACGCAGGAGCCGCCGGCUUCCAACAUGAAAAAGAUGGUAGGAAGGGAUUUUCGUCUCAGCAAAAAGCAACGAUUCAGAAAUGGGACACCAGUGUCGCCGCUUCCGCCCAGAAAUACGCCAACUUGUGCCCGGACGAUCACUCCGGCUACGCGGGUCUUGGAGAGAAUCUCUACUGGUCGUGGACCACCGCCACCAUCUCGAACCUCGAUUCGUACGGAGUCGCCGCCGCCAACUCGUGGCAACAAGAGUUUCAGGACUACGGAUGGGAGUCCACCACUCUCGACGAGGACACUUUUAACACGGGCAUCGGACACGCCACUCAGAUGGCCUGGGCGAACACCGGAGCGGUCGGGUGUGGAGUGAAGAACUGCGGAAAGGAUGCGUCGAUGAACAACAUGAACAAGGUGACGGUCGUCUGCCAGUACAAGGAUCAGUGAGUCGAGUCUUUUGUCUCUAAAAUGCGUCUGUACCGAGAAACAAAAAGUUUAGCUUCAAGUUUUCAGAGGCAACGUGCUGGACGAAGACAUCUACCAGCCGGGAGACACUUGCACUUUCUGCCCGUCCGGAACAAAGUGCGAGUCGGCGUCUGGUCUUUGUGCCUGA